AUGUUCAGACAAUUUGGUAGACAAUGGCUUCACACCAAGAGGCCAAUAAGACCUCACAUUUCAAUAACCAACUCCAUUCGGUUUACCAAAAAUUAUGCUACUUACAAGAGAUUUGGUAAUUCAGGUUCACAUUCAAAUUUUGAUUUCAAGAAAUUCCUUUACAACAAAAACACUAUUUAUGUUGGGAUUUCUUUAGGUGCUUUCUACGUAUAUAAUUUGCAUGAAGCCCCAUUUACUGGGAGGUUGAGAUUUAUUUGGCUUCCAUAUUGGUUAGAAACUAAGAUUGGGGAUUAUAGUUAUAAGCAAAUUUUAGGAGAAUAUCAAAAUCAAAUACUUCCAUCCAGUGACCCACUAUAUGGAAAAGUAACUAAGAUAAUGAAUAGUUUGUUGACAGCUGCAAUAUCGAAUUUUCCCGAUCAACAGCAGGUAGAACAUUUGAAGUCUUUGGAUUGGGCAAUUCAUGUUAUCCAAGUUGAUCCGAACAAGAUUCCACCUAAUGCAUUUAUCUUGCCUAAUGGUAAGAUAUUUAUUUUUUCAUCGAUUCUUCCUAUUUGUCAUAAUGAUGAUGGAUUAGCUACGGUUCUAUCGCACGAAUUAUCACAUCAGUUAGCUCACCAUUCACUGGAGCAAUUAUCUAAACAGCCGUUUUAUAUUUUAUUGCUGGCUAUAUUGUAUUCAAUUACGGGAACCAGCUCAUUUAAUAGCUUAAUGAUUGAAGGGUUAUUAAAAAUGCCUGCAUCAAGAGAUAUGGAAUCUGAAGCUGAUCAUAUUGGCUGUGAAUUAAUGGCGAGACUGUGUUUUAAUGUUAAUGAGGCAGUCCAAUUCUGGUUAAGAAUGAAUGACUGGGAAUCUAAAUUGAAGCAGAAAUAUAACACUUCUGGUUUAAGUUUUCAAGAGUUUUUUUCUACUCAUCCAAAUACUAAUAAGAGAAUUCAUGAUAUUCAAAGCUGGUUACCUGACUUAGAAAAAAUCAAGGAAAAUUCACAGUGCUACGAAUAUCAAUUCAAUUUGUUUAAUGAAACUCAUCGUAACUUCUUUAAAAGAUGA